GGAGAUCCACUUACUGUUUAGUAAAACAAAGAGAGAGGGACUGGACUGGGUUUCACUCUCACUCACUCCAAUCGCCACUGAGAAAAAAGGCAAAGGAAGACAGACGAGACGAGAAGAGACGAGAAGAGAAGAGAGCGAGGAAAAAAAUAGCUUUGGCAGGGCGAAGAAUGAAACUCAGCCUGAGCGCCAUCAGGAACGUUACGCAAGUGGAAAAUGGGCAACUGUGGUACUAGAGAGGAAUCGGCCGUUGUUACCAAUGCUCAAGUUCAGCAGCUACAUAUUUUAUCGUCUUUGCCUGUUAAAACCGAGAAGAAGCACAGUCGUUCUGUGUCAGAUCUGAGUGAUUCUUCUAUUCCACGUAAUUUAGAGGAUUCUAGAAGCAAUGCGGUGCUUUAUACUCAUGUAAUUGCCUUCACUUUGUACGAGCUCGAGACUAUCACUAAGAGUUUUCGCUCUGAUUAUAUUCUUGGAGAAGGUGGUUUUGGAACUGUUUACAAAGGUUACAUUGACGAGAAUGUCAGGGUUGGUCUUAAAUCUCUCCCUGUCGCUGUAAAGGUUCUCAAUAAGGAGGGCCUUCAGGGCCACCGUGAAUGGCUUACGGAGGUCAACUUCCUCGGCCAACUUAGACAUCCAAAUCUUGUUAAAUUGAUCGGAUAUUGUUGUGAGGAUGAUCACAGGUUACUUGUGUAUGAGUUUAUGUUCAGAGGAAGCCUUGAAAAUCAUCUGUUUCGCAAGGCAACUGUUCCGCUAUCAUGGGCCACAAGAAUGAUGAUUGCUCUUGGAGCUGCCAAAGGGCUUGCUUUCCUUCACAAUGCUGAAAGGCCAGUUAUAUAUCGGGACUUCAAAACCUCUAAUAUAUUGUUGGAUUCUGAUUACACGGCCAAACUUUCUGAUUUUGGUCUUGCAAAAGCUGGACCACAAGGUGAUGAGACCCAUGUAUCAACUCGAGUGAUGGGUACAUACGGCUAUGCUGCUCCUGAAUAUGUAAUGACUGGCCACCUGACUGCCAGGAGUGAUGUAUACAGCUUUGGAGUUGUUCUUUUGGAGCUUUUGACUGGAAGAAAAUCUGUUGACAAAACAAGACCAAGCAAGGAGCAAAGUUUGGUAGAUUGGGCCCGGCCAAAACUGAAUGACAAGAGAAAAAUGUUGCAAAUAAUUGACCCUAGAUUGGAAAAUCAGUACUCAGUGAGGGCGGCUCAGAAAGCCUGUAGCUUGGCAUACUAUUGUCUAAGCCAAAAUCCUAAAGCAAGGCCUUUGAUGAGCGAUGUAGUUGAAACUUUGGAACCUCUACAAUGUACUAGUGAUGUUGGUAAUGAAGUCUCAUUAUCACUGACCCCAACCUUUGCCGUUAGUGGUGCUAACGCUUUUGCAAUGGGAGGAGUCCCAGGUUACCGGGUGCGUUCUAGGUUCGGCAAUAAUGUUGGUCCUGGUGCUAAUUGUCGAUCGCCCAAUCCAAAUUGUUCGCCCGGUGGUCCUGCAGCAUGCAGGGUUAGAUGAAAAAAUGUGAGCUAUUGUAUACUUGUUUGGUGUGCGGUUUCCUCUCCAACCCCUUUUCAAGAUAACAAAAAAUUUCUUGUUAAAUCAUGGGUGCAUUUUCUUCUUUGUACUUAAUGUACACUGUACCACUCUGAACCCAAGCCCCCUGUUAAUUGUUGCUAGCCAACACGGUGGCUUGUGUCGAUUUUCUAAUUGUGUUCGUCGAGGAAAUUUGCCAUGUUAAAUAUUUGUUCCUCUACAUACACAUAUUUUGAACUUGUAGCUUUUGUUAUGAACUGUUAAUGCUACUGUUGAUAUUGCGAGGAUAACAA